UUCGAAAAAAUAAAGUUUCCGACAUUGUAAUGGUCGGUGAACCGUCGAGAAUGCCGAGGCUCGAAGAGAUGUUGGGUUCGCAUUUGAGCAGGCGACCCAGCGACAAUAUGGAUCCUGAGAAAGCCGUUGGCUAUGGGGCCAUCAUCCAAGGCGCGCAUAGGGUCGUCAACGAGAAGGUGGUUCCAUCCGAGUACGAGGGGAUGGAGCUGGCGACCGCGACGGAUACGAUUUCGUUGAGCAUUGGAGUAAGUGAGAACAAGGGCAUGAUGCGCGAAUUCAUAUCCAAAGGACAGACUCGACCGGCUUCAGGAAGGUUCACGGUCAGGGUAAGUCGAAAUGAACAGAGCAACAUGGAGUUUCGCCUGUGCGAGUUCGAGCGCAUUUUCGAUCGCAGGAGCCGACAUGUGGGAACGUUCGUUCUGCAGGGUUUCCCACUUGUGCCGCAGGGAACAAAAGUUGUCGAAAUCACGAUCAAGAAGAACGAGAUGGGCCAGCUCACCGCAAAGGCUCGGGCUUCAGGCUGCAAUGAAUCAACGCGCUACUUAGACAUCCGGCCGGAAAGGGGAGAAGCAUUAUCACAGCCGCAGAUAGCACGAACAAAGAGCGAACUAGAGGAGUAUCUGAAGUAGGAUGUUGCCGAGGAGAGAGUGUCCGUUAGGAGGAGACUGGGAUGUCAGAUGGCGAUGUGGCCGCAGUCAUCUCCACAAGG